GCUGCUUCUGCUGCAGCAAGGUAGGAAAGGGAGCGAAGAGCUUUGGCCGUGUCUCUCUCUCUCCCUUGCAGCCAGACACGCGCAUCUGGUGCUGCUGCUCAUCUUUCUAUCUUUCUAUCUGAUGCUCGCCGACGGAAUCAGGGCGAUUUUUUUUAUCCCUCUCAAUGCUUGAGGGUUUGAGAACGUUGUGUCGUGAAUUGUGUAGGAUUGAUUUGAAGGGUGUGAAUAGAGCAGGCCGGGUGAGGGGCAAGAUGUGGACCAUGGGACGGUGCGGGUGCCCAGCGGUGGCCAUGGUGGUGUUGCUGCUGCUGGCCGUGCCCGCGUGGAGUACGUUUGUUGUGGAGGAGUCAGCUUUGAUGGUCACUUCGCCGGAGAGUUUGAAGGGGAAGCAUCAGAGCGCUAUCGGCAACUUCGGAGUGCCGCAAUAUGGCGGCACUCUCAGCGGCACCGUGUCGUACCCGAGCGUGAAUUCGAAGGCGUGCGAGACGUUUUCAACGGCUCAGUUCAAGUCCGCGCCCGGGCAGCGGCCCAUCUUCGCGCUGGUUGAUCGCGGAGAUUGCUAUUUCGCGACGAAGGUGUGGUACGCGCAGCAGGCGGGAGCAGCGGCGGUGCUGGUGGCAGACAACAAGCAGGAGAAGCUGAUAACGAUGGAUUCUCCGGAGGAGGAUCCCGCAGCAUCGCAGUUCAUUCAGAACAUCACGAUCCCGUCGGCUCUGAUCACGAAGGAUCUAGGGGACAGCUUGAAGAAGGCGCUGAGCGACAAGGAGAUGGUGUCGAUCAAACUCGACUGGCGAGAGUCGCUUCCACACCCGGACAAGCGCGUGGAGUACGAGUUCUGGACGAACAGCAACGACGAGUGCGGGCCGAAAUGCGAUGCGCAGGUGGAGUUCGUGCGGAAUUACAAGGGAGUCGCUCAGAUGCUGGAGCAGGGCGGCUACACGCAGUUCACCCCUCACUACAUCACGUGGUACUGCCCACAGGCCUUUAUCGAGAGCAAGCAGUGCAAGUCGCAAUGCAUCAACAACGGGCGGUACUGUGCCCCGGAUCCAGAGCAGGAUUUUUCGGUGGGGUACGAUGGGAAGCAAGUGGUGAUCGAGAACCUGCGACAGCUGUGCGUGUUUAAGGUGACGAACGACACCGGGAAGCCGUGGAAGUGGUGGGACUUUGUGACAGACUUCCAGAUCCGGUGUCCGAUGAAGGAGAAGAAGUAUGGUCCGGAGUGCGCGGAAGAAGUGAUCAAGUCUUUAUCCAUUGACGUGGGUGCGGUGCAGAAGUGCAUGGGCGACCCGAACGCAGACCAAGAUCAUCCGAUUCUGAAGCACGAGCAAGAUGCACAGGUUGGGCAGGGCGAUCGGGGUGACGUUACCAUCCUGCCAACUCUGAUAAUCAACAACAGGCAAUAUCGAGGUAAGUUGGACAAGUCGGCGGUGUUGAAGGCUAUCUGCAGCGGUUUUGAAGAGGCCUCCGACCCGCCAGUUUGUUUGAGCGACACAUUGCAAACAAACGAGUGCUUGGAGAACAACGGUGGGUGCUGGAGCAGUGGCGACCUAACGGCAUGCCAGGACACGUUCCGUGGUCGGGUUUGCCAGUGUCCGUUGGUAAAGGGCGUGCAGUUUGAGGGUGACGGUUAUACGCACUGUGAAGCCAAGGGACCUGGUCGGUGCAAGAUCAGUAACGGAGAGUGCUGGCAGGAGAGUCGGAAUGGGGUCACAAAAUCAGCUUGCCAGGAUGAUCACGCAGGGUGCAAAUGCCCGGAGGGUUUUGAGGGUGACGGCAAGAACACCACAACCGGCUGCGUAGACAUCAACGAAUGUACGAGGAAGACCAAGUGCCAGUGUUCGGAGUGCUCGUGCACGAACACAUGGGGCGGGUACGACUGUCAGUGUGGCGGCGAUCUGCUGUACAUCGGCGAGCAUGACACAUGCAUCAGCAAGCAGAGCCAGCCAUCGAAACUGGGGUGGUUCGUCACGCUGAUCGUGUUGGCUGGGUUGGCUGUGCUCGGAGUUGGCGGUUACGUCGUGUACAAGUACCGUCUUCGGUCGUACAUGGACUCGGAGAUUCGGGCCAUCAUGGCCCAGUACAUGCCGUUGGACAGCCAGAACGAAUCGCAAAUCCACAUGGCGGACGAGAUAUGAUCGUGAUGCCAGGAACACGGGAAGGUAGCGAGUGGCGUGGCAGGGAGGACCGGUGAAGGCUUGUUUUGUGCGUAUUGAGAGAAGCGCGGCAUCCCUGGGAAAGGAGCGAACGGCGAGCGAUUGGAGACGGAAGGCAGCGCGUCUAGAGCGUAGCGUUGUUAGAGGUAGUGGUAGGAGGUUGUGUAAAUUGGAGAGGAAGGAGGGCAUUUGGAUAGUUGAGAAAGUGGGCGAUCAUGGAAGGUGAAUGUGUGAAGUGGGGUUUGUGGAGCGGAAUCGACAUUGGGUAGGGCCCUUGCUGUGCACCAUUUGCAAAAGUAAUGGAGUCUGAUUGACACCCUUUUGGCAUAUAAGUCCCGUGGUGUGCGAGACGGGAAGUGUGGGUAGGGGUGCAGGGGGGAAGUAGUCCGUGGUGUGGGAAUGAUUUGGAACAUGAUAAGCGCAGGGCAUUAUUUAUGUCAAACUGAAUGAACACAAACGAGAGUGAUUUGCACGAUGCCAGUGGAAUCAUGGAGCUGGAAUGGAUGCUUUCGUGUCGGUAUCGAAUACCUCAGCAACCUGGAGCAAACACGAUAGCGAGAGGGCGCCUUCAUCAAUGUAUCUGUCGCACAGUACAUCUUGUCAGUUCAAUGUUGCACAAAAUAUUCAUUUAGUUUUUAGUUGAUUAAUACAUGAUGUUUUGAAGCUUGAUUAUUAAAAUUGAAAGGAUUGUGUCA